AUGUCGCGCUUGAUAAACCUGGUCGCGAUCCCCGCGACUCUAGCGGCUCUAGCCCAAGCUACCUCCUUGGACGAUGUUUGCACGACAGCUUACAGUCGAUCUGUGCUUCCCGAUCAUCCGGUGUCUGGUGUGACAUUGAACUCGGCCUCCGUUCACGCGAACCCAGUGUACAACUAUACCUCCACGGGAACGGCCUUUUUCGCUUCGACCACAUUUGAUUAUUGCAAUGUCACCAUGACCUACAGCCACGAUGGACUGGACGAUGAGGUUAAUCUACACUUCUGGCUCCCUACCCCUGAUAAUUUUGCCAACCGCUGGCUCUCAACCGGUGGCUUUGCCUACGCGAUAAACCAAGGGACCGAAAAUCUUCCCGAAGGUAUCAUGUAUGGUGCAGCAGCUGGUAUCACUGACGGUGGGUUUGGUGGAUUUGAUGCUGAGAUCUCGGAUGUCUUCCUCAAAGCAAAUGGGACUAUCAAUCGGGAUGCCCUGUACAUGUUCGGUUAUCAGGCUCACUAUGAGAUGAGCGCCAUUGGAAAGGCCUUUACACGCAACUUUUUCAACGUUACUUCCAAACUCUACGCCUACUACCAGGGCUGUUCUGAGGGUGGCCGAGAGGGCUGGAGCCAGGUCCAACGCUUUGCCGACGAAUGGGACGGUGCUGUGAUUGGUGCUCCGGCCAUCAGAUAUGGUCAACAGCAAGCAAACCAUCUCUUUCCCCCGGUUGCCGAAAAGACACUCGGAUAUUAUCCUCCUACAUGCGAACUCGACAAAAUCCACAACAUGACAAUCACGGCAUGCGAUGCUUUGGAUGGCAAGGAAGAUGGAGUAGUUGCGCGAACUGAUCUCUGCAAGCUACACUUCAACAUAAACUCUACGAUCGGGGCUUCCUACUACUGCGAAAGUGACGGCAGCACGCCAGCUCAGAAUGGCUCUGUGACAGCCAAGGGCGCCGCCCUCGUCUCCACACUUCUGGAAGGCCUCCAUACCCUCGACGGGCGUCGCGCAUAUAUCUGGUAUCAGCCCAGCGCUGAUCUCAGUGAGGCGGAAGCUACCUACAACUCAGAGACGGGCGAGUGGGAGGCCGAUAUCAAUACACUAUGGAGUGAGUGGGUAACUGAGUUCUUGGGACUCUCUGAGGUGGAUACCCUUACCUCACCCGAUAAUGUGACGUACGACGACCUCUAUGCCUGGAUGAAACUGGGCUGGCAGCGGUAUGAGGAUGUUCUGCAGACUACCUGGCCUGAUCUGAGUCCCUUCCGCGACGCUGGAGGCAAGAUCAUCCACGUUCAUGGAGAGUCUGACCCCAGUAUCCCGGCGGGUUCUUCUGUCCACUACCACGAAAGUGUCCGUCAGCUUAUGUACCCGGACUUGUCCUUCAACAGUUCCAGCAAUGCUCUUAACGAUUGGAACCGCCUUUAUCUCGUCCCCGGCGGUGCGCACUGCAGCUACAGCGAUGAGCAGCCCAAUGGUGGCUGGCCUUUAACCACUCUGCUUACUCUGAUUGAUUGGGUCGAAAAUGGAGUCAAGCCCGAUCGCUUGAACAAUACCGUUCAGACGGGAUCAAACGCGGGUGAACAAGGCCAGCUCUGCGUUUGGCCUACUCGCCCCUAUUAUCGAAACAACGGUACCGAGUUGACCUGUGUUUUUGACCAGGAAUCUUAUGAGACCUGGGUCUACGACUUCGACGCGUAUGACGCCCCUCUGUAUUGA